AUUCUUGACUGAGGUUGUACCAAGAAUCACCAAUUUAGAAAUUAUUAUAAAAAUGUCAGGAAGAAGAGUGAUCAGGUUGCGAAAAUGGGUUGUUUCUCGUAGUGGAAUUGGCUAUUCUUGGUGUGGAUGUUAG